CGGAAUUAAAAUUCUCACAAAACAUCAAGUAUUUCGGCCGGUAUUUUACUCCCAUUUCUUUGUAGUCGUUCAAUUAGUGAUAUAGUUCCAACGUGCCUGAAUCUCCCAUUGUUAUCGGUAUCAUCCAGCAGCAUCUCGGCACACUCCACCAUGAGCCAACCAACACGAGGAAAGGUGCACUUUGUCUAUCUCACAGAUCCCUCAAAGGCAGCCAUUUCGUCACAUAAAGCGGCUAAAUCACAUGCCGCGCGGCACGGACAUGCAAGGAUACGGAGACAGCGAAUGAAUGAAUACCAUGAGGAGAAGAAGAAGCACGAAGGAAGCAGUCAAGCGCCCCGGAAAGCCGCGGCAGAGUCCUCGGCUGGCGGCAGCCGCUCAGCCUUGGCGGCAAAUCCACGAUCCAGCUCUAAUCAGAAUCAGAAUGAAGCCAGUCGCGAAAUAGUUCUUCAUCUUCCUCCCACUUCUCAAUCUCCUAGUUUGGAAACCUCUCCACUAUCUUCAAUACCCAAGAACAUUCACGCCGUCUAUGGCGCCGAUAUUGAUCCUACCCAGCAAUUCCUCCUCUAUCACUAUGUCAGCUUUGUUAUCCCGUUUGGGAAACGGCAUUGCAAGAAAUACACAGACUCUAAUGUGUGGAAACGCUUCAUGCUCACCGAGCUACUUCCAGCCGCGUUGGCGAACCCUGGAUUACUGAGCGCAAUUUUACUUUCUGCUUGCCGAAGCCUUUUCGAAGAGGCUAAGAACAAUCGUUACGUACAGCUAGCUACGUACUAUAAGCUGGCUUGCCUGCGAUCGAUGAGUGAACUGCUCGCAGCCCAAGAUCCGCCGGUUGGUGACCCGGCAAUAGCCCAAGUCUCUUUGCUAGCAGCAGAUGAGCUCAAUAUCGGUGAUAAAGAUACCUCGAAGCAGCACAUGGACGCUGCCAAUAGGAUGGUCCUUAUGAAGGGAGGCAGCGCAACGCUUGGUAUGAAUGGCUUCCUCAAGGCUAUAGUGGAUACAUUGACUUGCGCAUUAUCACGGCGAGAUCCAAUGUCUUGCGAUAUGACGUGAAGUUCAAGAGCACAGUAUCUGUCCACAAUCAUGUGUCCAAUAGCUUGUAAGGUGGCAUAAACCCUGUACUGUAAAUAUAAAGGUAAAGUGAGUCUAAGCAGAGCAGCUACAAGAACAUUAUAUAGUCUAAUAACC